CUCCCUGCCUGCACUCGGUCCGGAGCUUGACAGGCCGGGAGCGGAGAGGCUGGUGCCGCAGGACCGCGGGGGGCGGGGAGGCCGCCGUGAGGAGGCGGAGCUGCGAGGCCGCCUGUCCCCGGGCCGUCGGUCCCUGCUCCUCCCCGCUCCGCGCGCCCCCACCCGGGCCGCUCGCCUCCUCCGCGGCGGGCUCCCCUCGCAGCUGCGCGGCCGCAGGAGACCGAGGCAGGGCGAGCCAUGGAGGGGAACCGCGACGAGGCGGAGAAAUGCGUGGAGAUCGCCCGGGAGGCCCUGAGCGCCGGCAACCGCGAGAAGGCCCAGCGCUUCCUGCAGAAGGCCGAGAAGCUCUACCCGCUGCCCGCGGCCCGCGCACUACUGGAAAUAAUUAUGAAAAACGGAAGCACUGCUGGGAACAGCACUCAUUGCCGAAAACCAUCAAGCGGUGAUCAGAGCAAGCCUAACUGUACGAAGGACAGUACCUCCAGUGGUGGAGAAGGUGGAAAAGUCUAUACCAAAGACCAAGUAGAUGGAGUUCUCAGCAUAAACAAAUGUAAAAAUUACUAUGAAGUACUUGGAGUUACAAAAGAUGCUGGUGAUGAAGAUUUGAAAAAAGCUUACAGAAAGCUUGCUUUGAAGUUUCAUCCAGACAAAAACCAUGCACCUGGAGCAACGGAUGCUUUCAAAAAGAUUGGAAAUGCUUAUGCUGUUUUAAGCAAUCCAGAAAAACGAAAACAGUAUGACCUCACAGGCAAUGAAGAACAAGCCUGCAAUCACCAAGACAACGGCAGAUUUAAUUUCCAUCGAGGCUGUGAAGCUGACAUAACUCCUGAAGAUUUGUUCAAUAUAUUUUUUGGUGGUGGAUUUCCUUCAGGUAGUGUACAUUCAUUUUCAAAUGGCCGAGCUGCUUACAGCCAUCAACAGCAGCACCGACACAGUGGACAUGAAAGAGAAGAAGAAAGAGGAGAUAGGUAUUCAAAAGAGACUAGGAAACCCCAUGAGGACAAGCAUAGGAGCAGGAGUAGAAGUCAGGGUGGUUUCUCUGUGUUUAUCCAGCUGAUGCCCAUUAUUGUAUUGAUUCUCGUGUCAUUGUUGAGCCAGUUGAUGGUCUCCAAUCCUCCUUAUUCCUUAUAUCCCAGAUCUGGGUCAGGACAAACUAUUAAAAUGCAGACAGAAAAUUUGGGUGUUGUUUAUUACGUCAACAAGGAUUUUAAAAACGAGUAUAAAGGUAUGCUGUUACAAAAGGUAGAAAAAAGUGUGGAAGAAGACUAUGUGACUAAUAUCCGAAAUAAUUGCUGGAAAGAAAGACAACAAAAAACCGAUAUGCAGUAUGCAGCAAAAGUGUACCGUGAUGAUAGGCUUCGAAGGAAGGCAGAUGCUCUCAGCAUGGACAACUGCAAAGAACUGGAGCGGCUGACCAGCCUGUACAAGGGAGGGUGAGCUGCGGCUGACCAGCCUCUACAAGGAAAGAUGAACUGGAACUUUUAUUUAUACCUUACAAUGUACUCUCUAUCCUUUCUGUAAAUUUAAUUUCACCAUGAAAGCUGGAGAAGAUUUGAUAUUAAAACCUACACUGAUAGUUGGUUCUUGAAAUCUUGGACUGUUUAUGACCUACUGACUCCUUUUAAUAGUAAGAACUGAAAACUAAAAUUAAGAUUUUAGUAUGCUUCUGCAGUUACUUUCAUUUUAAAAGCUUAUAUGAUCCUGUAGAAUGUCAAGAGGAUUAUCACACCUGUAGCAAUUUCCAAUCUUAGUGAUUCUCUAUUAUUUCCUCAUCAUGUAAAUAUUUUAGAGUGAUUUUGUGUACAUACAAGCUCUUGCCUUUUUAUUUAAAUUAUUUUAGUAUUUAGCUCCAUGAGACACUUCAUUCAAGCGAUGAAAUGAAUGUUUAUGACAUAGUCACAUUUUCCCUUAGAUAUUUGAGUAUGUGGAAUUUAAACAAUGAAACUCUUCCCAAAAGAAAAACAAAACUCUAACUUUAUAUACAGUCUUAUAGCAUUAUCAGCAUAGAAGGAAUUGACACUUUAAUAUAAUUAUAUUCCAGAAUAUGUAAUGAGAUAAAUGAACUGGUGUAUAGUAUCAGUAUGUCCUUUAGUUUUAUGAAUUGCUAAGCCAUACAUACGAAUGAAAUGCUGUGUGGUAGGUUUGAAAGAAAAUAUGAUGCUAAAUACUAAACAAAAUGAGUUUCAAUGAUAAGUUGCAGUUACACCAUUUGCAAUUCCAAUAAUUAAAAAUUAACCCCAAAUGUUCAUUUAUAUGUCUUUUUGCUGCUCAAGUUUAUGAAACAAAGGACAACCUUUUUCCCCAUGGAAAUUCAGUUUUUUUAGAGACAAUUUAAAGCAGAACCCAAAAGCAAAUGGAUUCUUCUACAAAUUUUUCUUCUAAGAAAAAAUACUGCUAGUAGAGAGCUUUGUGCCUUGUGUGCAGUUGACUCAUUUGAUCAGAGCAUGUGUCCGGCCAUAGUGAGAGUGAGCAGAGCUACAGUAGCAGCUAGAACAGCGACUUAGAGCAGUCCUUAAAGAAUUCCAGGCAAAAUCUCUUCGCCAUCAAGCAGUCCAUCAAGUCUAUAGGAAUAAGCUCCUUGUAACUAAAUCUGUAAUA